AUCUGAAAACCUUGGAGACAGCAGAGCUCACACACACACACUCACCCAACACAAUCGAACCUUCACACGCUGCCUUUAUUGUCCAGGAUCAGCAAGCAGAAGAGGGUCCACUCGCACGCAGUGUUUCAAUGAUGUCAUACCUGUGGAUUCUGCUCGUGGGAAGCUUGCUGGCUGGAUGUGCAAAUACACAAGAUGAUGAAACCCCAAUGGAGGAGGCUACAGCCCCUGCAACCUUAAUGCCUGAUAUAGAGGUGCAAGCAGAAAUCGAGGCCGAUGGAGCAUCUGAAGAUACAGCCGAGGAGGCACUAACAGAUGUGCUCGAACCCGAGCCGACUGAAGCUGCGGCCCGUGAAGAAGUGAACCCUGCUGAGGGAGAAGUAGAACCGGAGGCUCCUUCAGAGCCAGAAGACCUAGAGACAGAAAUUCUUGCUGAGGCGGAUCCAGAACCGGAGGCUGCGGCAGAAGAAGUUGCUACAGAAACUCCCGCAGAAGAAGAAGAAGUUGCUGCAGAAGGAGAAGGAGAACCGGAAGUUCUUCCAGAAGGAGAAUCUGAAACAGAAGCUCCUGCUACAGACUUGGAAGAUGCUACAACAACUGAAGGACCUGCAGCUGAUCCAGAAGUGAAAGAGGCGGAAGCUGAGCCGCACAUUCCCGACGUGGACGAGCAGCCCUCUGCCAGCACUGAAGUGCCACCUGCACGCAAGGAGGGUGGAUCUGAAGUGGACGAUACAGCUGUGCAGCACGGAAAGGACGAGCCGGCUGCUGCGGGCGACGAGGGAGAAGCGGCGGUGAACACAGAAUUAGACUUCAAGACAGUGGCACCUCCUGCUCCAGAAGUUCACUCAGAUGGAGGAUUUGACUUGGAGGAUACGCUGUCAGCAGGCGCCGCACAAGACACGCCACCGCAAUCAGGGCGGAGCCACAGUGCUGGAUCAGGAGCACACGUUGCUGAAGCCACCGGAGAAGUUGCUGAAGAUGAGGAAAACAACUCCGGCACCUUGGCAGCAAUCCUGUGUGCAAUGGGCGUGGCCGUUGUGGGAGCAGCCACUGGAUAUUAUACCUAUCAGAAGAAGAAACUGUGCUUCAGGACAAUGCAGGAGGAGGAUCCAGAGGCUGCACGCAAAGCUGAGGCAGGGGAGGUUCAAUCAGAUCCUCAGGUCCUUAGCAACCUACUGAAGUCGUCUUAGUGACAGGACCUCGACCAAGCACGUUCAAGCAAAGCGGCGAUCUCACUGUUCUAGGCUCCAUCUGCACUGUGGAACUACGUUACUGUGAGGCCCAAAUAUGGGGCUGUAUGUGGGUGUGUGUGGGCGUGUGUGUGUGUGUAUUCAUUGACACAGAAUGAGCAACAAAACGUGCAAAUUGUGUUACAAUCGGCCAGACUUUAUAGUUAAAUUAAUAGUAUACUGAAGCUUUAUAAAAAGAAAUGAUAUAAUGGUAGAUUUUUGCCUCCCGCCCGUUUGUAGGAAUUUCUUGUGGACUUUUUUGGUUGUUUUUUUUUACAAAACUGAUGUCUUUUUUAUGCCGAUUCUACAAUUCUAUCCAUGCGACAGGGUUGAAAUAUUUCAAAGCAGCCACUAUAUUCUCUUUAACCAACUCCUUUAACCAACAAGAAAAAGAAACAAAUAAUAUACUAUCACUUUGUGUUGACACAAAGAGGACAUGUGUAUUAUUAGUUUAGGAAAUGGAGUUAAAUUGUUCUUUAACCAAAAGAUAAAAAUCAUGCAAAGCACACUGCUACAAUGCACAGGUUAAGUGGCAUCUGUAAAGCCUUGAUUUUCAAACAACCGAGCCCAGGAGCACAAGUAGUUAGUGGACGGACAACAGGGUGCUGUUGACACUACCUAAAUUAGGAUUAGAAUGAUAUGAAUAUGCGAGUGCAGCGACAAACUGAUAAGAUAAUUUUGGUUACGUUUGAAAAAAAAAAAUGAAUAGAUUUUUUACUUCAUCUUGUGAAAAAGUAAACAAUAAGAGUCUGGGUUUCGGGGCUGAGAGGAGCUUUUUCAAGCUUUGAACCCUGCGGUUAAAAUAUGGAUUUUUCUUCGCUAACAGAUCAUUUUGGAAUGGAUUAAAGCAGGGGUGUCCAAAGUGCGGCCCGGGGGCCAUUUGCGGCCCGCAGCUAAUUGUUUACCGGCCCGCCACUCAUUCUGGAAAUGCUAUUACAAAAAUAAAAAAGAACAUUAAAAAUAUUUUAGGUGAAAUCUAUCGAGAAAAAGUGGCAAUGUUGACACAAAGCUGCCAUGGAGGCUGUUUUUUUUUUCUUUAGUCUUUAUUUUUGAUUUUUUUUUGCCAUUGCUUAAAAAAAAAAAUAAUAGUGACCAAAAAAUCCAUGUUAUAAUGAAUUAUUUUCAAAGCUACAAUUAGUUCAAAUAUUUCACUUUAAAAUGUUUUAUGUGGUAAAUAUUGCAUAUAUUGUGUAGUUUUCUUUGACAAAAUAGCAUAAAACAAACAAAAUAAUAGUUUAAACGUAAAAUUGACGGAUAUAUCUGAAGUUCAUCUUUUGACGUAAGUGUUGAAAGUAAAAAAAAAAUAAAAAACCUAAUAAAAAUGUAUCACUUUAUGAGUGGGGCACCUUUUGGAUCCCAAAUAUAUUUAGUGGUAUUUUAAUUAUCCUUUCACUGUGAUUACUCAAAUAUAUUAAAUCAUUAAAAUCAAUGGUGUCCUUUAAGGCAGUGGUCCCCAACCACCGGGCCGUGGCCCAAUUGGUACCGGGCCGCAGAAGAAUUUUUUAUUAAAAAAAAUAAUAAUAAUAUAUAUAUAUAUUUUUUUUUUUCAAUGAAAUCAACAUAAAAAACACAAUACACACUUACAAAUAGUGCACUAACCACAAAAAACUCCCUUUUUCAUGACAAAGAAGAAAUAAAAAAAUAAAAAGGACACCCCCCCGGGCGUUACUAAUUUGUCUCGCGGCCUGGGGGGGGAAAUCCUUUUUUUUUUUUUCUUUCUUGGUCAUGAAAAAGGGAGGUUUUUGUGGUUGGUGCACUAAUUGUAAGUGUAUAUUGUGUUUUUUAUGUUGAUUUCAUUUAGAAAAAAAAAACUUUUUUUUUGGUUUUUUAAAUAAAAAUUAAUACAAAAAUUCUUCUGCGGCCCGGUACCAAUCGGGCGACGGCACGGUGGUUGGGUACCACUGCUUUAAGGGCUCUAAUUACCAAAUACGGCAUAUUUCAGUUUUACUAUUACAAAAAUAAAGAUGUUUUUGACAGAAAAAACAUAAAACCUUUUUUUUUUUUUUUCAAAGUUGAUAUAGAGAUUUACUGUAAGCGUUAAAUAAAAAUUAAUAAUAAAAAUUUGACUUACUUCUAACAUUUUAAUAACUGAGACCCUUUAUUGUCCCCGGGAGCCCUAAAGGUAAAAUACAUUUUAAAAAUACAUAUAUUUUGUUGUGGUUUGAAAAUGAAAAACAUCAAAAUGGCCCCCGCAUGUUUUAAUUUUUCCAAUGCGGCCCUCAGUGGAAAAAGUUUUGAUACCCCUGGAUUAAGCAAUUAAAUCAAACAAUGUACUUAAAGGAUUCACUACAAGAAACUGUUCAAACUCAAAAGUGUUUACACAUUCUGAUAAAAAUAUUAAAGUUUAAUAAAAAAAAAAAGAGAAAAUUCUAUUAAUCUAAUUAAGGAUGAAUAGUCAUCAAUGACUUUUGUGUUUUGUUUGAUCAGCCGUUUUACUGCCUUGUUACAGGACUUCUUUGGAAACAAUUAAGGCAUGUAAAUAAAUAUUUACAAAGUCUUUCUAAAUGAAUAUCUCAAUUUACAAUGUACCAGUAUACAUCUGCGGUUUAUAGUCUGGUGCAGCUAAUAUAUGAAAAAAAAAAAGUGUUUCUUUUCAAAUUUUGUGGACUCUGUUUAUAUUCUUCUGUGGCUUGGAGUCCGGAAAAUACAGCAAAUUAUAAUAAAACCUUUUCAAAACAGGUUACAAUAGCUACUCUUGCCUGUUGACAUAAAUGCAGUGUUCCUCUAAAAAGAUCUCUUUAAAAAAGUAUUUUUAAAAUUGUGUUAAAAAAAAAAAUCACUGAAUUUUAAUCCAUUUUAAUAAGAGUUCCAAUCUCGUCCCAGUUUUACAACACUUCGGAUAAAAAAUUACAAAGCAAUUGAAAAUAAAUACAAAUACAAUACUUAUUAUAUACAAUACUAAAAAUUAACAAAAGAAACAGUAAAAUAUAUCAAUAAUAUUUGUUAAAAAUUUUUAUCCAAAUAUAUACUUAAAAAAGCACCAAAAAAAAUGUUUUUCUUUUUUUUAAUCGAUUCUUGAACAUUUUUUUUUAUUGACUUAGAAUCAAAUUAAAUAAAAAUUGCAAAUUGAAUGUAUAUGUAUUUUUUAAAUACCCUUACUAAAGUACAUAUGUCAUUUUUUGCCAAUUUCAAGGGUCAAGAUGACACAACAAGUGCCCUUUUUGACCACCGAUAAAAUGACUGACAGGGUUGUUAUUGGAGAUGGAAAAUAAUCAUAAAAAAUAUUUUUUCGGCUCUUGACCAGUACCUUUGGGAAACCCUGUGAAACGAAAACAUUUAAACAUUUUAUGCCUUGAUUGGUGCCGAGCUGAAUCAAAAGGUACACAUUUUGUAGGACUGUUAAACUGUUAAAACUUGUAGAUUGUGCCUUUCGACAGUAGCCUGGUUUCCCAAUACUUUUUCUCCAAAUGGUUGCAUUAUGGGACAUUUUUAUAAACUGAUGGUCAACUUACUGCGACUAACUUUUUUAGUUGUUUCUAUUAAUUGUUGUAUUAUCUUUUGCAUGAGGUGAUGAAAGCUCCCCCGACAUAUUUGACAUACUGUGACGUCCGUGAGUCUCGUUGUGAUGCGGUGGUUUGUCCGUUAGAGUGCCUUUGCCUGUCCCCGCCUGGCUUGUCCCACCUGUAGACUCACUGAAUGUCUCUAAAAUUGCCAACAAACCGACACUAAUAGCCACGGCAAUAUUGGUGCACUUGCAUUUUUUUUAGUGUAUUGCAAUGCAGUCUGCAGCUUUUUUUAUUUAAAGAAAAAAUUGUAAAUUUUUUAGCAUUGAUAAAGACAACAUAAAGUCUUAAAACCAUCGGUCGAGAAAAUGUGUCGUAAAAAGGGGGAAAAUGUGUGGUAUUAUUAGCAGCACUGUUUAGAACAGGGGUCUCAAACUCAAUUUACAUGGGGGCCACUGGAUGCAGAAACUGGGUGAGGCUGGGCCGUGAGAAAAUCCAUCCAUCCAUCCAUUUUCUACCGCUUAUUCCCUUUCGGGGUCGCGGGGGGCGCUGGCGCCUAUCUCAGCUACAAUCGGGCGGAAGGCGGGGUACACCCUGGACAAGUCGCCACCUCAUCGCAGGGCCAACACAGAUAGACAGACAACAUUCACACUCACAUUCACACACUAGGGCCAAUUUAGUGUUGCCAAUCAACUUAUCCCCAGAGAAAAUAUUUCUUAAAAAAAUCGAACGUGAACUGUUGAAGGAAUUCACCUUCUUUGAAUGGCUUCCCCGCCCUAGCACCAUACUUGCCAACUCUUGCGACCUUUCCGGGAAACACCUGUAUAUCAGGCAUCCUCCCGACAAUCUCCCGUUGUAAUCUUAGGGGCGUGUCAUGAUGACACUGCCUUAAACGUCUUCUACAAUCGGUCGUCUCGUCCGCCUUUCAAACAUAGAAACAGUGUGCCGGCCCGGUCACACAUUGUGUGAGGCUACUGCACACCCACGUAAGUGACUGCAAGACAUACUUGAUCAAUAGGGGGCGGGGCUGGAGGUCUAUAUUGUAGCCCGGAAGAGUAAGGGCUGCAUGGGAUUCUAGGUAUUUGUUCUGUUGUGUUUAUGUUUUGUUACGGUGCGGAUGUUCUGCCAAAAUGUGUUUGUCAUUCUUGUUUGGUGUGGGUUCACAGUGUGGCACAUAUUUGUAACAGAGUUAAAGUUGUUUAUACGGCCACCCUCAGUGUGACCUGUGUGGCUGUUGACCAACUAUGUUUGGCAGUCACUAAGUGCACCCACAGAAGACAAGUAAGACCUGUGGCUGGGCUGGCACUCUGUUAGUAAAGUUUGUCAUUCUUGUUUGGUGUGGGUUCACAGUGUGGCACAUAUUUGUAACAGAGUUAAAGUUGUUUAUACGGCCACCCUCAGUGUGACCUGUGUGGCUGUUGACCAACUAUGUUUGGCAGUCACUAAGUGCACCCACAGAAGACAAGUAAGACCUGUGGCUGGGCUGGCACUCUGUUAGUAAAGUUUGUAGAGGACGUUAAAGACAGUGCCUCCAUCCUAAUUCUUGGAUAUGACUUUAAACCAUCCCCAAGCAUGCAUCACUAUAGCUCUUGUCUCAAAGUAGGUGUACUGUCACCACCUGUCACAUCACACCCUGACUUAUUUGGAGGUUUUGCUGUUUUCCUGUGUGUCGUGUUUUAGUUAUUGUCUAGUGGCUUUUUCUCUUUUUUGUUUGGUAUUUUCCUGUAGCAGUUUCAUGUCUUCCUUUGAGCCAUAUUUCCCGCAUCUACUUUGUUUUAGCAAUCAAUAAUAUUCUAGUUGUUUUUAUCCUUCUUUGUGGAGACAUUGUUGGUUGUCAUGUCAUGUUCGGAUGUACUUUGUGGACGCCGUCUUUGCUCCACAGUAAGUCUUUGCUGUCGUCCAGCAUUGUGUUUUUGUUUACUUUGUAGCAAGUUCAGUUUUAGUUUUGUUCUGCAUAGCCUUCCCUCAGCUUCAAAGCCUUUUCUUAAGGGCACUCACCCCUAAGCAUUAGACACCUUUAAGCAUCAGACACCUUUUUACCUGCACCCUGCCUCCCGCUGUUUCCGACAUCUACAGAGCAAUUAGCUACCUGCUGCCACCUACUGAUAUGGAAGAGUAUUACAAGGUUACUCUGCCGAGCUCGAGACAGCACCGACACUCUACAACAACACAUCAUUUGCAGACUAUAAUUACUGCUUUGCAAAAAAAUAUUUUUAACCCUAAUAGGGGAAAUGACGUAAUCUCUCCCGGCACACUGUGGUUGAAAAACACAGCUCUAAGAUAGCAUUGUGAGUGCACCAAUAUUGUUCCCGAGGAUGGUUUGGACGUCAUCAAAGUCUGCCUCUUCGUUUAGAGCAGGGGUCACCAACCUUUUUGAAAGCAAGAGCUACUUCUUGGGUACUGAUUAAUGCGAAGGGCUACCAGUUUGAUACACACUUAAAUAAAUUGCCAGAAAUAGCCAAACUGCUGAAUUUACCUUUAAUAAAUAAAUCUGUAAAUUUAUAUAUAUAUUAAAAAAAGGGUAUUUCUGUCUGUCAUUCCGUCGUACAUUUUUUUUCCUUUUACGGAAAGUUUUUUGUAAAGAAUAAAUGAUGAAAAAAACACUUAAUUGAACGGUUUAAAAGAGGAGAAAAUGGGAAAAAAAUGAAAAUUUUUCGAAACAUAGUUUAUCUUCAAUUUCAACUCUUUAAAAUUCAACCGAAAAAAAGAAGAGAAAAACUAGCUAAUUUGAACCUUUUUGAAAAAAUUCAAAAAAGAAUUUAUGGAACACCAUUAGUAAUUUUUCCUGAUUAAGAUUAAUUCUACAAUUUUGUUGACAUUUUUUAAAUAGGUUAAAAUCCAAUCUGCACUUUGUUAGAAUAUAUAACAAAUUGGACCAAGCUAUAUUUCUAACAAAGACAAAUCAUUAUUUCUUCUAGAUUUUCCAGAACAAAAAUGUUUAAAUAAAUUUAAAAGACUUUGAAAUACGAUUUAAAUUUGAUUCUACAGAUUUUCUAUAUUUGCCAGAAUAAUAUUUUUGAAUGUUAAUCAUAAUAAGUUUGAAGAAAUAUUUCACAAAUAUUCUUCGUUGAAAAAAACAGAAGCUAAAAUGAAAAAUUAAAUUAAAAUGUAUUUAUUAUUCUUUAUAAUCGGACAUCGCUAAAGGCAACACAUGAUGUAAGUGUCUACAUUAGCUAUAUUAGACUACUAUCAAAGUCUGACACAAAUCUUCGUUGACAGAAAUGCUGUAUUUUAAUUUUACACAUUUUUGCAACAUUUGAAAUCAUUAGUAAAAUAGAGGCUUUUCACAGACUGAGAUAACUUCUGUAAACUCCCGGCUCAGAAUGGCCAAAGGUAUAGAUGUGUGUGUCCAAGUUUAAGGAAAUGGCAGGCUGUCUUCUUCUAAUGGAUUUAUUAAAAUGUUUGCGAGCUAGGUCACGUUUGCUGUGGUCUGGAACAACAUGGCAUACAAACAACUAUCUGAAAUCCAGCAAAUAUUACAUACAGAUAAUGUGUCAUGAGACAUGGGAAUCUAAAUUAAAUACACAGAGGACAUUAGGAAAAUUGAAUGACACACAUAAAAAAAAUAUAAAUUUACUUGAACAUUGAUUUAAAUUGUCAGGAAAGAAGAGGAAGGAAUUUAAAAGGUAAAAAGGUAUAUGUGUUUAAAAAUCCUAAAAUCAUUUUUAAGCUUGUAUUUUUUUCUCUAAAAUUGUCUUUCUGAAAGUUAUAAGAAGCAAAGUAAAAAAAUGUAUUAAUUUAAUUAAACAAGUGAAGACCAAGUUUUUAAAAUGUUUUCUUGGAUAUUCAAAUUCAAGUUUUGUCUUUCUUAGAAUUAAAAAUAUCGAGCAAUAAAUAAAAUUUGAAAAAUAGAGGCAGCUCACUGGUAAGUGCUGCUAUUUGAGCUAAUUUGAGAACAGGCCAGCGGGCGACUCAUCUGGUCCUUACGGGCUACCUGGUGCCCACGGGCCCCGCGUUGGUGACCCCUGGUUUAGAGCAAGCCAGCUGCUGUUUGUCUUUUCCACCAUAAUAUCACAUUAGUCAGUCCCUAAAUGUACGUUGUAUUAUAUACGUGACGCCUGUACUUGCUCGAUGUGUGAUUGUUCUUGUAGGAAACACUGCCUUAGAGGCUUUAUUAUAAGAGUAAAAAAAAAAUGUUUUCCCUAUAUUGUAGCAGAAAAUACCGACAUCUAAAUGUGUGUUCUUUCCGUUGCCUUACACUUGCUGUGGUCCCUUUAAAAACGGCUCAGUGGUUACCGAGGGCGUUCGUGUUGUCAUUUAUUAAGCUGCAAAACAUGACAGGGGCUGCUACUCUCAGUCUUGCCGCAAUUACGUGUAAUGUGGAGAACGUGUCCAUUAAAAAUCACACUUACUAUAUAUGGUGGGUAUUUGACAACAAUUCCUUUAUUGACAUUUAAAUGAAAUAUUUUGAUACUCCUCUGCUUUCAUGGCAUUCUAAUUUGUAUCAUUUGCUUCAAGGCCCAAUGAAUCAGUCAUUUCUCCAUCAGUGGUUCUCAACCUUUUUUCAGUGAUGUACCGCCUGUGAAAAAUUUUUUUUUUUAAUUCAACUACCCCCUAAUCAGAGCAAAGCAUUUUUGGUUGAAAAAAAAAGAGAUAAAGAAGUAAAAUACAGCACUAUGUCAUCAGUUUCUGAUUUAUUAAAUUGUAUAACAGUGCAAAAAUAUUACUUAUUUGUAGUGUUUUUUUCUUGAACAAUUUGGAAAAAAAUGUAUAAAAAUAACUGAAAAAUGUUGAAAAAUAAACAAGUGAUUCAAUUAUAAAUACAUAUUUCUACACAUAGAAGUAAUUAUCAACUUAAAGUGCCCUCUUUGGGGAUUGUAAUAGAGAUCCAUCUGGAUUCAUAAACAUUUCUUCACAAAACAUCAAUAUUUAUGGAACAUGUCCACAAAAAAAAUCUAGCUGUCAACACUGAAUAUUGCAUUUUUGCAUUUUAUUUUAGCAGUUUAUGAACUUACAUUCAUAUUGUAUUGAAGUAUUAUUCAGUAAAUAUAUUUAUAAAGGAUUUUUAGCAAUUGUUGCUAUUUUUAGAAUGUUUUUCAAAAGUCUCACGUACCCCUUGGAAUACCUUAAAGCAGUGGUCCCCGAUUGGUACCGGGCCGCAGAAUUUUUUAAAAUUAAUUUUUAUCUAAAAAAAAAUAUAUAUAUAUAUAUAUAUUUUUUAUUUUUUAUUAAGUCAACAUAAAAAACACAAUAUAAACUUACAAUUAGUGCACCAACCACAAAAACCUCCCUUUUUCAUGACAAAAACGUCCCUUUUUCAUGACAGAGGAAAAAAAAAAAAAAGGCCCCCCCCCCGGGCCGCGGGACAAAUUAUUAAGCGUUGACCGGUCCACAGAUACAAAAAGUUUGGGGACCACUGCCUUAAAGUACCCACAGGGGUACGCGUACCCCCAUUUGAGAACCCCUGAAUUAAUGCAUGAUCAUGCAUGGUAGUGCUGCCUUCUUUGUUAUCCAAACAGCAAAAACUACGAUUGUGCGUGACGACAAUUUUGCAAAAGCGGUCUCACAACAUUUCUGACUUACACCCGAUCAUUUUUAUAUGACUAUUCUGUGUUUUUCACGUCAUCAGACAUUGGUGGAGUUGUGUAAAUAAUGUUUUAAGGGUUGAAAUAAACAUGUCGGCUGUC